ACCUCUGGACUCUUUCCUCUCAGCUCAACACGAGGACGUUCCUGUGGAGCGUCUGGGAUUCCAUUUAUUGGUCUUUGUAGUUUGUUUUCCAGCAGGACAGAAGCUCCUUGUUGAGUUUUUCCGUGUUUCUGCUGCAUCUCCAGCUGGAAGUUCACCCUGAGGAGGUUUUUCUGGAGACAUCUGGUCUGAAGUCACCUUCUAAAAUCCUCUAUUUUCCCCAUAAAGGAAGAGACUAGUUGGUGAUGUUUGCAGCAGAAAGAGGAGUUCUGUCUGUUUGACAGAAGGGCUUGGUUCUGAACCGUAGUGGACUCUGAGGUCUGGACCAGGAUCCACAUGUUCUAGAUGUUCCGCUAACAGCUGCUCUAUCAGCAGGAGAUAAACCUUAUCAGUUGUGAUGGAGGCAGAGUGGGCGUCGGCCGAGCCGCCUCACCUGCAGGUCAACUACAACCUGCUGGAGGGGCGCUUCAAACAGCUGCAAGAUGAGCGGGAGGCGGUCCAGAAGAAGACCUUCACUAAGUGGGUAAACUCCCACCUGUCCAGAGUCUCCUGCAGGAUCACAGACCUCUACAUGGACCUGAGGGACGGACGGAUGCUGAUCAAGCUGCUGGAGGUCCUGUCUGGCGAGAGACUGCCGAAGCCCACCAAAGGCCGGAUGAGGAUCCACUGCCUGGAGAACGUGGACAAAGCUCUGCAGUUCCUGAAGGAGCAGCGGGUCCACCUGGAGAACAUGGGCUCCCAUGACAUCGUAGACGGGAACCACCGCCUGACGCUGGGCCUCAUCUGGACCAUCAUCCUCCGCUUCCAGAUCCAGGACAUCAGUGUGGAGACUGAGGACAACAAGGAGAAGCGAUCAGCCAAAGACGCUCUGCUGCUGUGGUGUCAGAUGAAGACGGCGGGGUAUCCCAACGUCAACAUCCACAACUUCACCACCAGCUGGAGGGACGGCAUGGCCUUCAACGCCCUGAUCCACAAGCACAGGCCAGACCUGAUCGACUUCGACAAACUGAAGAAGUCCAACGCUCACUACAACCUGCAGAAUGCCUUCAACCUGGCAGAACAUCACCUGGGCCUCACCAAGCUGCUGGACCCAGAGGAUAUCAGCGUGGACCAUCCUGACGAGAAGUCGGUCAUCACCUACGUGGUCACGUAUUACCACUACUUCUCCAAGAUGAAGGCACUGAAGGUGGAGGGCAAACGCAUCGGAAAGGUUCUAGAUAACGCCAUCGAGACGGAGAAGAUGAUCGAGAAGUACGAGUCUCUGGCGUCCGACCUGCUGGAGUGGAUCGAACAGACCAUCAUCAUCCUCAACAACCGCAAGUUCGCCAACUCUCUGGUGGGAGUCCAACAGCAGCUGCAGGCCUUCAACACCUACCGCACCGUGGAGAAGCCCCCGAAGUUCACAGAGAAGGGGAACCUUGAAGUUCUUCUCUUCACCAUCCAGAGUAAGAUGAGAGCCAACAACCAGAAGGUCUACAUGCCCCGCGAAGGGAAGCUCAUCUCCGACAUCAACAAGGCCUGGGAGCGGCUGGAGAAGGCGGAGCAUGAGCGGGAACUCGCUCUGAGAACAGAACUGAUUCGUCAGGAGAAACUGGAACAGCUGGCCAGACGCUUUGACCGAAAGGCGGCCAUGAGAGAGACGUGGCUCAGUGAAAACCAGAGACUGGUGUCUCAGGACAACUUUGGUUUUGACCUUCAAGCCGUUGAGGCGGCAACAAAGAAACACGAAGCGAUUGAGACGGACAUCGCAGCGUAUGAGGAGCGAGUCCAAGCUGUGGUUGCUGUGGCGAAGGAGCUGGAGGUGGAGCAUUACCACGACAUCAAACGCAUCGCGGCCAGGAAGGACAAUGUGAUCCGACUGUGGGAGUAUCUGCUGGAGCUGCUGAAGGCCCGCAGACAGAGGCUGGAGAUGAACCUGGGCCUGCAGAGAGUCUUCCAGGAGAUGCUCUACAUCAUGGACUGGAUGGACGAGAUGAAGAUGCUGCUGCUGUCUCAGGAUUAUGGGAAGCAUCUCCUGGGUGUGGAGGACCUGCUGCAGAAACAUGCCCUGGUGGAGGCGGACAUCGCCAUCCAGGCUGACCGAGUGAAGGCAGUCAGCACCAACGCCAACAAGUACUCUGUCACUGACAGCGGCUACAAGCCUUGCGACCCCCAGGUCAUCCAGGACCGGGUAGCCCACCUGGAGUUCUGCUACCAGGAGCUGACCCAACUGGCCGCAGAGCGCCGCGCUCGCCUGGAGGAGUCUCGCCGCCUCUGGAAGUUUUUCUGGGAGAUGGCCGAGGAGGAGGGCUGGAUCCGUGAGAAGGAGCAGAUCCUGUCCUCGGAGGAGCACGGUAAGGACCUGACAGGGGCCCUGCGCCUCCUCAGCCAGCAGCGCGCCCUGGAGGACGAGAUGAGCGGCCGGGCCGGCCACCUUCAGCACACCAUCGCUGAGGGCCAGGCCAUGGUGCAGGCCGGACACUUCGGCGCCGCCAAGAUCCAGGAGCGCAUCGCAGACCUGCAGGCUCAGUGGGCAGCGCUGGAGCAGCUGGCGGCGGUGAGGAAGAAGAGGCUGGAGGAGGCUCUGGCUCUGCACCAGUUCCAGGCCGACGCAGACGACGUAGACGCCUGGACACUCGACGCCCUGCGCAUUGUCUCCAGCGGAGAGACAGGACACGACGAGUUCUCCACCCAGGCGCUAGUCAGAAAGCACAAGGACGCAGCGGCGGAGGUGGCCAGCUACCGGCCGGUCAUUGAUUCGCUCCACGAGCAGGCCGCCUCCCUGCCCAAAGAGAAGAUGGAGUCAGAAGAGGUGCGCGGUCGGCUGGCCGGCAUCGAGGAGCGCUACAAGGAGGUGGCAGAGCUGACAAAGCUGAGGAAGCAGGCGCUGCAGGACGCUCUGGCUCUCUACAAAAUGUUCAGUGAAGCCGACGCCUGCGAAGUUUGGAUCGACGAAAAAGAGCAGUGGCUCAACAGCAUGGAGAUCCCUGAGAAACUGGAGGACCUGGAGGUCAUCCAGCACAGGUUUGAGAGUCUGGAGCCGGAGAUGAACAACCAGGCGUCCCGUGUUGCUGUGGUGAACCAGAUCGCCCGGCAGCUGAUGCACAGCGGUCACCCAAGCGAGAAGGACAUUAAGACCCAGCAGGACAAACUGAACAACAGGUGGAGCCAGUUCCGUGACCUGGUGGACCAGAAAAAGGAGUCCCUGAACUCAGCUCUCGGUGUGCAGAACUACCACCUAGACUGCAACGAGACUAAGUCCUGGAUCAAGGAGAAGACCAAAGUCAUCGAGUCCACCCAGGAGCUGGGCAACGACCUCACAGGCGUCAUGGCACUGCAGCGCAAACUGACCGGCAUGGAGCGCGACCUGGCCGCCAUCGAAGACAAGCUGGGUGACCUGCGGGGUGAGGCCCAGCGACUAGCGGAGGAGCACCCUGACCAGGCCAAAGCCAUCACAGGCCGUCUGGCUGAGAUCACUGCCGUCUGGGAGGAGAUGAAGAACACCCUGAAGAACCGCGAGGAGUCUUUGGGCGAAGCCAGGAAGCUGCAGCAGUUCCUCCGUGAGCUGGACGACUUCCAGUCCUGGCUGUCUCGCACUCAGACCGCCAUCGCCUCUGAGGACAUGCCCAACACGCUGGCAGAGGCCGAGAAGCUGAUGGCCCAGCACGAAGGCAUCAAGAACGAGAUUCAAAACUACGAGGAGGAUUACCAGAAGAUGAGGGACAUGGGGGAGAUGGUGACGCAGGGCCAGACCGAUGCUCAGUACAUGUUCCUGAGACAGAGGCUGCAGGCACUCGACACCGGCUGGAACGAACUGCACAAGAUGUGGGAGAACCGACAGAACCUGCUGUCCCAGUCUCAUGCUUACCAGCUGUUCCUCAGAGACACCAAGCAGGCCGAGGCCUUCCUCAACAACCAGGAGUACGUCCUGGCCCACACUGAGAUGCCCACCACUCUGGAGAGCGCCGAGGCUGCCAUCAAGAAGCAGGAGGACUUCAUGACCACCAUGGAUGCCAACGAGGACAAGAUCAACAGCGUGGUGGAAGCCGGCAGGCGGCUGGCCAGCGAUGGAAACAUCAACGCUGAACGCAUCCAGGAGAGAGUGGCCUCCAUCGACGACAGGCAUAAGAAGAACCGGGAGGCGGCCGUGGAGCUGCUGAUGAGGCUGAAAGACAACAGAGAUCUGCAGAAGUUCCUCCAGGACUGUCAGGAGUUGUCUCUGUGGAUCAAUGAGAAGAUGCUGACGGCUCAGGACAUGACGUACGAUGAGGCCAGGAACCUGCACAGCAAGUGGCUGAAGCACCAGGCCUUCAUGGCCGAGCUGCAGUCCAACAAGGAGUGGCUGGACAAGAUCCAGAAGGACGGCAUGCUGCUGGUGUCGGAGAAGCCGGAGACGGAGGCGGUGGUGAAGGAGAAGCUGUCUGCGCUCCACUCCAUGUGGGAGGACCUGGAGUCGACCACGCAGACCAAAGCUCAGUGUUUGUUCGACGCCAACAAGGCCGAGCUGUUCACUCAGAGCUGUGCCGACCUGGACAAGUGGCUGGGCGGCCUGGAGGGCCAGAUCCAGUCCGACGACUACGGAAAAGACCUGACGUCCGUCAACAUCCUGCUGAAGAAGCAGCAGAUGCUGGAGAACCAGGUGGAGGUGCGUCAGAGGGAGGUGGUGGAGCUGCAGAGCCAGGUGAAGGCUCUGGGUCAGGAGGUGAAGGACACCGACGAGGUGGACGGUCGGAGGCAAGUGGUGGAGAGGAAGUUCCAGGAGCUGCUGGAGCCCCUGAGACGCCGCCGGAACUUCCUGGUGGCGUCCCGAGAAGUUCACCAGUUCAACCGCGACGUCGAGGAUGAGAUCCUGUGGGUUCAGGAGAGGAUGGCCGUGGCCACCUCCACCGACCAUGGACACAACCUGCAGACCGUCCAGCUGCUCAUCAAGAAGAACCAGACGCUGCAGAAGGAGAUCCAAGGCCAUCAGCCUCGCAUCGACGACAUCCUGGAGCGCAGCCAGAGCCUCCUGCGGGACGAGUCCUCCAACGGUGACGGCAUCCGGCAGCGCCUGGACGACCUGCAGCGGCUGUGGAGGCAGCUGAUGGAGGAGGCGGAGCGUCGGCACGGCCGGCUGAAGGAGGCCCACAAGGCCCAGCAGUACUACUUCGACGCUGCCGAGGCCGAGGCCUGGAUGAGCGAGCAGGAGCUCUACAUGAUGUCUGAGGAGAAGGCCAAAGACGAGCAGAGCGCCGUCACCAUGCUGAAGAAGCACCAGAUCGUGGAGCAGGCGGUGGAGGACUACGCCGAGACCGUCCACCAGCUGUCCAAGACCAGCAGAGGACUGGUGGCCGACGGACACCCAGAGAGUGAGCGGAUCAGCAUGCGGCAGUCUCAGGUGGACAAACUGUAUGCCGGCCUGAAGGACCUGUCAGAGGAGAGGCGGGGCAAGCUAGACGAGAGACUCCGCCUCUUCCAGCUCAACCGAGAGGUCGACGACCUCGAGCAGUGGAUCGCUGAGCGGGAGGUGGUGGCCGGGUCCCAUGAGCUGGGACAGGACUACGAGCACGUCACGGUACGAACACGUCACAGUACGAACACAAACACGUCAUGGUACGAACACAAACACGCCACAGUACGAACACGUCACGGUACGAACACGUCAUGAACACGUCACGGUACG